AUGCAAUUCAUCUUCCCCCCCCCCACAAAUUGGCUUGUUUUGCCCGCUUUCUCUCUAUAUAUUUUCUUCCUCUCUUUAUUUGCCUUCUCUCUCUGCCUUCUCUCCAUUUCUCUCUCAUUCUGCUUUCUGUAUUCUUUUCUAUCAUCUGCACUCGCUCGCUCUUGCUGCUUAUAUAUAUUUUCUUCAUCUAACGUCAUUUUCUUUUUCGUUGUCUCUGUCAUUUCUCUCUGUCAUUUCUCUCUUUUUCUUGUUCUCUUCUCCCUCUCUCCCUCUCUCUCCCUCUCUCCCUCUCUCUCCCUUCCUCCCUCUCUCUCUCUUCCUCCCUCUCUCUCCCUUCCUCCCUCUCUCUCUCUUCCUCCCUCUUUCUCCUUCCUCCCUCUCUCUCUCUUCCUCCCUCUCUCUCCCUCCCUCUCUUCCUCCCCUCCCUCUCUGUUUCUCUCUCGUUCCUCCCUCCUUUCCCUCUCUGUUUCUCUCUCGUUCCUCCCCUCCCUCCCCUCUGUUUCUCUCUCGUUCCUCCCUCCCUCCCUCUCUUUUCUCUCUCGUUCCUCCCUCCCUCCCUUCCCUCUCUGUUUUCUCUCUCUGUUCUCUCUCCCUCCCUCCCCCCUCUUUUUCUCUCUCGUUCCUCCCUCCCUCCCUCUUUUUCUCUCGUUCCUCCCUCCCUCCCUCUCUGUUUCUCAUCCUCUCACGCAAUUUGUCAUAUUUACUUUGAACUUUCAUCUCUCUUUCAAUUCCGAUUUUUUUCUGUCCUCUCUUCUUGAUAUGAGAAUAUUUUUUUCCAGAAUUUACAUUUAUUCUGUCCGUCUUCUUCUAUUCUUCAAAUUCAAUAUCAGGUUUCUCUCUCUCCCCACUCCCUCUAUUUCUCCCCAUCCCCCCUCUCUCUCUCUCUCAUUUUAG